ACAUACCCGCGACAUGUUAGUGAAAACAGAGUUGUGGAAUUUUGCACGAGUUUCGAAGUUGUAAAUCUGAUUAAACUGGAGUUCUGUUGUACUGCCUAAUAGGACGCUGGGAAUUACAUUUCGGAGCUGAUUGUAACUGCGUCACAUAUGAAACAUGUCUGACAUAGUAUUGAAAAUGGAGAUUAAAGAGGAGAGUGAAGACAUGGGAUAUGAAGAAGCAUCCAGAACGAAAACUGAAGAUGCAAAGGUGUUCAAAGAUAAAGAAACAGAUCUGAUGGGAAUCAAAGAAGAAAGUCAAGAACUGAAUGAAGUGGAGGAGAAGCAUCAGUAUCAGAAACCUAAUCACUUCACAACUGGAGUAAAUGGUUUGAACAUCUUAAAAAUUGAAAAGAAUUUCUCAGAAUCAAAAACAGAAGCCAUAAAAUCUUUCACCUGCCUUCAGUGUGGAAAGCAUUUCACCACUAAAGGAAACCUUAACGUGCACCUCAAAAUUCACACUGGGGAGAAGCCUUUCAGCUGCUGUCAGUGUGGGAAGAAUUUUGCCACUAAAGGAAAUCUUAAUGUACACACAAGAAUUCACACUGGAGAAAAGCCUUUCACCUGCCUUCAGUGUGGGAAGAGUUUCCCGUUUAAAGGAAGGCUUAAUACGCACAUAAGAAUUCACACUGGAGAAAAGCCUUUCACCUGCCCUCAUUGUGGAAGGAGUUACCAGUGUAAAACAUACCUUAAUAGGCACAUGAAAAUUCACGAAGCCCAGAACCCUUUCACCUGUGCUCAGUGUGGAAAAAGUUUCACAAUGAAAGAAGGCUUGAAACGUCAUAUGAGAAUUCACGCAGGAGACAAAUCUUUCAUGUGUCCUCAUUGUGAGAAGAGUUUUAUACAUAAGAGAAACCUUGACUCGCACGUAAAGAUUCACAAUGGAGAUCCAUCUUCAGCAUGUGUUGAGAAAGGAAAGAGUUUUGCUAAGCAUGACACAAAAGUAAAUAUUGAAAGGAAAUCAUGCACAUGCUCUCAAUGUGGCAGGAGUUUCACAGAUAAAGAAACCUAUAAUGCACACUUGAAAAUUCAUGUUGGAGAAGAGCUUUUCAGAUGCAACUAUUGUGGGAAGAGUUUCCCAUGUGAGGAAUAUCUCAACAGACACAUGCAAGUCCACACUGGAGAACAGCCUAUCACCUGCUCUCAGUGUGGAAGUUGUUUCACAGACAAAAGAAGCCUUAAGAAACACAUGAGAACUCACAUUGGAGAAAAACCAUUCACAUGUUCUCAGUGUGGGAAGAGUUUUACACGUAAAGAAACCUUUAAUGUGCAUGUAAGACUUCAUAAUGGAGAAAAGCCUUUCAGAUGCCUUCAGUGCGGAAAGAGUUACCCAUAUGAGCGAUGUCUUAAGAGGCACAUUAAAACUCACGCCGAGGAGAAGCCUUUCACCUGCACUCUGUGUGGAGGAAAAUUCACAGAGAAAGGAAGCCUCAAGAUUCACAUGACGAUCCACACUGGAGAGAAACCUUUUGGAUGCUCGCAGUGUGGGAAGAGAUUUAGACGUAAAGGAGGACUUAAUGAGCACGUGAGGAUUCACACUGGAGAAAAGCCGUACACUUGCCUCCAGUGCGGAAAGAGUUUCGCCGUUAAAGGAGGCUAUAAUUUGCACAUGAGAACUCACACUGGAGAAAAGCCCUACGCUUGUCAUCUGUGUGGGAAGAGUUUCAUACUAAAAGCAAUACUUCAUAUGCACAUGCGUGUUCACACUGGAGAGAGGCCUUUCGUGUGCGUUCACUGCGGGAAAAGAUUCAGACGGAAAGUAAACCUUAACCUGCACACCAGACUUCACACUGGAGAGAGGCCUUUUGUGUGCCAGAACUGUGGGAAUACUUUCACGUGGGCAAGAAGUCUCAAACAACACGUAUCACGCUUUUGUAAGGUAAUUCAGCGCUGAUCGGGAUGGUACACAUUUUUAAUUGAGCAGCAGCCCUUAAAACACACUUGAAAAUCCAUGCAAAUGAGAAGCCUGUUCUUUAGGGAAAGUGUUUUAAAGAGAACAAGGUAAAACACUGAUUUGAGUAAAAAGGCCUCAAGUACCAGUGACUUGGGAUGUCACCAAAAAGUGUUCGUAUUGUGGAAAGAUUUUAAUCCAUUCAGGAUUAAAUGUAAAUUAAAAUUAACUUCAUAGUUUGCAAUAUAAAUGUUAUAUCACUGAUGCAAAAGUAAAAAAAAAAAAAAAAAAAGGUUCCAUUUGUAUUUGUAAAUAAUGAUCAAGUUGUAUAUACAGCGUGUUAUGAAAAUGUUAUGUUUGAUUGAUGGUUACACCACAUGACAUUUUAAUCAUUAAAUGUAAACUUUUGUUGAAAGUGGUUAAACCAUCCCUAAAACCACAUGAAAUUAAAGGGAUAGUUCAUCCAAAAAUGAAAAUUACCACAUGAUUUACUUACCCUCAAACCAUGGUGUAUAUGUCCUUUUUUCAGAUGAAUACAAUCGGAGUUAUAUUAAAAAAUGUCCUGGCUUAUCCAAGCUUUAUAAUGGCUGUGAAUGGCUGUUGAGAUUUUGAAGUUAAAUAAAGUGCAUCCAUCCAUCACAAAAAGUACUCCACAUGUCUCUGGGUGGUUCACAUGUUUAAAUGUGAUGUAAACUUUCUGGUUUGUGAAUGUUGAUACCUCUGGACUGGGCAUCUGUGUUUCUGCAUAUCAGUCAUCAGGCUUGUUGCCAGCUAUGAGGUCACCAAAGUUCGGACCUCUAAAUUUUUCAUGUUCAAAAAUAACAUUUUUCCUCUGAAUGAAUAGUUUGCUGUUAAACUCCUCACAUGAAUGUCUGCAUAGACCGUUUGCAAGAAUGUUUAGCAUCUGUGGUAUGAAAAUGAUCGCUGCGAGUUGCUGCCCAGCGUGUUGCCAGAUCCAGCUCUUUUUUAAUUUUAUUUUUUAAAUUUGUAUACAUUAAAGCAAAUUACAAACAACCGAUCAGUUCAGUUCACCCAUCUUUUAAUGGGUGUUGUUUCUUUAUAUCAAUGAAGUAAGUACUGUUCCACAUUAGUUGGAGCUUUUUUAAGUAUUUAACUUUCCUUAUGAUUUGUAAUAUAAUUUCUUAUGUGUAAGUAUCGAAAGGAAUCAUUUGAUGAUAACAUAAUUGUUUCUUUAAGAUCAGAGAAUGAGUGCGAUGUACUUCCAUUAAAUAACUGAUCAACUAUUAUAAGACCCUUGUCAGACCAUCUUUUGAAAGUAGCAUCCCACCUAGAGAGUAAAAACUCCACUUUAUUUGACACAUUUUUGAAAGUUAAUAAAGUGGGAAGUUUCAGUUUAGGGUCAGCAAAAUAUUUAUAUUAUCUUAAUUGCAAAAGAUUCAGUUUAUUUUUAUUUAUUUUUCAGUUUUGGUUUAUUUUAAUAGCGAUAUCUGGCAACACUGCAUUGUCAGCACUUGAACUGACAAUAAUCAAAAAAGCCCAUGGACAGGUUAUUGCUGAGAGCAUACAACAUUCGAUUAGAAACAUUAUCAACGCUGUCAAAACAGUAGCAUUUAACACUAGUACACAGAUCUGUUCAACAAGUAGGUUAGAAUGAAAUGAAACACACAAACACUAGCCAUAAAGUCUAUGCUAUGUCAUUCAGUAGAGUAGUUAAAUGUUCACAAAUCAUGCUAAAAACAUUCAUAAUGUUAUCAGCUAUAUAGCAAUGGUUAUUAAUAAAAACUAUAACAGUAAUAUGUAUUGUUGCAUUAAUAAUAAACUGCUGAUGAAAUUAUCCACCCCUAACUAUAGUAAAAUAUUAACACAUUUUGAUUAUAUAUUUUGUUUUUGUUAAGUAAAAAAGAUUUUCUAUGGAUUUUAUAAAUUCUUAAAUUUAGUUGCAUCUUAAAAGGUCUUAAAUUGUAUUAGAAAGUCUUAAUUAUGAUUUCAAGAGGUCUUAAAUUUGGGAACAGGAAGACAAGAAUUGCAAUGGUUAUGAUUUCACUGAAUAAUUAUGAGUACUACACAUUUCAAAAUCAGGUGCUGCAUUGCUUUGCUUUAC